UGCUGGGAUGGCGCUUCCUGGGCCAGGCGCGGCGGCGGGCGGCCCUAGCCGGUCCCGGGGGGCGGCGGCGGGAGCAGCAGCGACGGCAGCCGCCGCAGCAGAAGCAGCCGCCCGGUUGGCCUUCCCCUUUGCUUAGCCCGGCAUGUCCCGGGGCGACCGGCGCUGAACGAGGCGGGCUCUCCCCGUCCUUCCCGCCCUCCCUCCCUCCGUCCUCCUCCCCGCUGGCUGCAGCCCUGCCGGGUGGGAGCACCCCGCCAGCGCUGUCUGUCUGGCUCCCCGCCCUCCCCUCCUCUCCCCGGGCCGGGAAGAUGGACCCCGGCCCGCCACUGGGCUGCAGCCUGAAGGACGUGAAGUGGAGCGCGGUGGCCGUCCCGCUGGACCUGCUCGUCAGCACCUAUCGGCUCCCGCAGAUCGCCCGGCUGGAGAGCGGCGAAACUGUCGAAGGCCUUCGAGAGAGCGAUUAUCUUCUGAUUCAUUCAUGUCGACAGUGGACAACAAUUACAGCUCACAGUCUGGAGGAGGGUCACUACGUCAUAGGGCCAAAGAUAGAAAUCCCUGUACAUUAUGCAGGGCAGUUUAAGCUGCUGGAACAAGACCGAGAUAUUAAGGAGCCAGUGCAGUAUUUUAACAGUGUGGAGGAGGUGGCUAAAGCAUUUCCUGAACGAGUUUACGUCAUGGAGGAAAUAACAUUCAACGUUAAGGUGGCUUCAGGUGAAUGCAAUGAAGACACUGAAGUUUACAACAUUACCCUUAGUACUGGGGAUGAGCUCACUUUAAUGGGGCAAGCAGAAAUCCUUUAUGCAAAAUCUUCGAAGGAGAAGUCACGACUCAACACCAUCUUCAAAAAAAUUGGGAAACUUAAUUCAAUUAGUAAGCUAGGCAGAGGCAAAAUGCCUUGCCUCAUCUGCAUGAACCACAGGACCAAUGAAAGCAUCAGUCUCCCUUUCCAGUGUAAAGGCAAGUUUAGCACCCGCAGCCCUCUGGAGGUGCAGAUGCAAGAAGGUGAGCACACGAUUCGCAAUAUCGUAGAAAAAACCAGGCUGCCUGUUAAUGUGACUGUGCCGAGUCCUACACCAAGGAACCCUUACGAUCUGCAUUUUAUCCGCGAAGGGCAUAGGUACAAAUUUGUCAACAUUCAGACCAAGACUGUGGUGGUUUGUUGCGUGCUUCGUGGCAACAAAAUUAUUCCCAUGCAUUUUCCAUUGCACUUGACGCUUCCCAAGUUUACUCUACCUGACAGUUUGGUGAAGGGGGAGCUGUGGCACGAAUCCCUCAUCCAGCACUGGUUUAAUAUAUGCCAGGAGCAGUUCGACAUAGAUGAGUAUUCCCGUGCUGUGCGAGAUGUGAAAACUGACUGGAACGAAGACUGCAAGAGCCCGAAGAAGAGCCGCUGCACAGGGCAUAGCCACGUGCCCAACUCCCUCAGCUAUGCGCGAGAUGAGCUUACGCAGUCCUUCCACCGGCUCUCCGUCUGCGUCUAUGGAAACAACUUGCAUGGGAAUAGCGAGGUAAACCUCCAUGGCUGCAGGGACUUGUGUAAUGAGUGGGCCCUGUUCUCUCACGAAGCCCUUCAGUACCAGGAGUCUGGUGACAGUAGCAGCGAUUACCUCUUUCCUGAAGUUAGCGAAGAAUCGAUGUUUCUGCCUACAAAACCAGAACUUCCUUACGAAGAGCUAUGGCUGGACCAAGGGUCUGGAAAGGCUGGUGAACAGCCCCUCUCUCGUUCACUAAGUGAGAAGAACAAAUGUGACAACUACAGAGGGUCUUUCCGAUCAAAGUGUGGGACUGCGUCUCUUCCUGUGCCUGCCACUGUCGGAGCAACCACAAAGUCUUCAGAUGUUUCCCUACCUCCACCUCCAGUGCCUCCCAAAUCAGAAGCAGUAAAAGAGGAAUGCAGGCUCCUGAAUGCUCCCCCUGUACCACCACGGAGUUCAAAGCCGUCCUCCACCAGUCCUUCCAUCCCUCCUCGUACUGUCAAACCUGCACGACAGCAGACCCGCUCUCCUAGCCCUACCCUGUCCUACUACUCUUCAGGACUGCACAACAUCAAUGUCACAGAGAGUGACACCACCAACCCAACUGAGAGCACACCUGUCUCCUGCUACCCUUGCAACAUGAUGAAAGUCGAAUCCAAAGAGCCUGAGAGCACCAUGCCUUUGGGAAGCCCCUCAAGUGAAGCUCCGCCUUCGAGGUUAUCUUGGCCAAACCAUUUUUCAGGAACUGCUGAAGGUAUGAAUAGGAGCGAUUUCCUGCUCGAUCCAAGCAGAAGCUACAGUUACCCCAGACAGAAGACUCCAGGUACGCCAAAGAGAAACUGUCCAGCACCUUUGACUUUUGACUUUGAUGGGGGUGAGCUCCCAGCAGGGUACUCUCCACUGACCCCAGCAGAGUUCACAAACACUAUUUCCAGCUGUCCAAAGUCAGCAAGUUACUCUCUAGACUGCACUGAUGAGAAAACUCUAGGAGUCGGUGACUCAAAGCAGAGCCUUUCGUGUCCUGCCUUACCUCCUCGGGCACCGAAGCCGAGUGAAGAGAAAACAGUUACAGACACAUGUCCCCUGCCACUGAAAAUAGAUGGUGCUGAGGAGGAGUUGAAAACAGGUUCUCCAGACCUCUCGGAAGAUCAGUAUCUCGUUAAAAAGGGCAUGCAGGACACGUUCUCUGUGUCUUAUCCGUUCUCAUCUCCCCUCCAUCUCCAGUUGGCACCAAGAUCUUGCGGGGAUGGUUCUCCCUGGCAGCCACCCACGGACCUUUCUGGACUCUCGAUAGAGGAAGUGUCUAAAUCGCUGAGGUUUAUUGGCCUGUCGGAAGAUGUCAUAUCGUUUUUUGUUACAGAGAAGAUUGAUGGCAAUUUACUGGUUCAGCUUACAGAAGAAAUCCUGUCAGAAGACUUUAAACUCAGCAAAUUGCAGGUUAAGAAAAUACUACAGUUCAUUAACGGCUGGCGGCCCAAGAUGUGAUGCCAACUAGUUAUUACUGAUACUGUACAAAAUGUGCUCGAUGCACUUCAGCUGAUACAUCACUUCCUGUUUUUUGCACUAAAAGUCCUUCCUGUAAAUAGUAGUAGAAAAAUUCUUACUAUGCAGAUAAACAUUUUUGAGUGGUGAACGGAUCUUUUUUUUCCUCUAUGUCAAUACUAAAGGUAGAGAAUCUGCAGAGGUGUGCCUUGUGCAUCCCUGAACAUUCAACAGCUGCUAAAAACUGGACACUAAGGGAACUUUUCCUCCGUAGUCUGUUAAGACUUAGUCGUAUUUAUUACUGAACAAUUUGAUGCUGAAAGACACACACGGAUCCAGUUUACAGUUUUGUGUUAACUGCAAAAAAAAAAAAAGUAUUUCUUACGGGAUUGUUUCUGUUCACGUAACAUUUGGCAACAUGCUGUGACUUUCUUCUGUUUCUGUUAACAAAAGGCGUGUUCAGAGCUACCGAAACAUUGUUUUGACACUACAUCUGAUAAUAUGGAGAACUGCUGUGAAGUGCCACUAAUACGCUAUUCUUGCAGCAUAUUUUUGUUAACAGUAUCUUCCUGCCUACCUGUAAUGUGGAGACAUUUUCCAUGUUACUUGAAGCAAAAAGAGUUAAGUGUUUUGAAAACAAGAGUCUUGCUUAGCUCAUUGCCCAGGGGGGAGGGAGAAGGGGGAUUUUCCUACUGAGCCACUCUGCCCUGGCCAAUUAAAAGUUUAUGACCUGUAGAUUUCAAAAGUCGCUUUUGUAGCUGGCUGGCUGGAGCAAGAAGCGUGGCUUCUGGCCGUGCUGCUUUCUCAUGGGAAAGGCAGUUCAGUGCACAGACUCUUCUCUCAGCAGAUCCUGCUUGCUGCAGGAGCCUGCUAGCACAACCCUUGCAAUAGCCUUGCUCUGGCGAAAAGCAACCCUUUAUGUUUCCUCUGGUGCUGUUACCAUCACAUGAAGAUGGGCUGGAUGUACUGUCCUGUUCCUGUGGUCGGAUCUGUGUGGGAAGGUGACAGUACUCCUGUCGGAUGCCUUUGAAAGACAGCAUUAGCAGGGUGGGAGAGAACAGAAACAGCACACGGGUAAGAAGAGGCCAAGUGAGAUUUUGGGCCACGCCACAGGAAAGGCUUGCAAUGUUUGUUCACCUGUCUUGUUUGCAGUGGGCUAGGAGGAUGUUGGUGUCAAAGUGAGAGAGGCUGUAGUGUUGUAAGAUGUGCUAAUUCAGUUGCCCAGCUGCAAAAACUCCAAGAGAUGCCUCAUGAAGUACAGACAAAAGGGAACACAGAGGUGGGAAAGAGGGGUGUUAGUCUGCCCCUGGAGACCUUUCAAACUUAACUGCUCAGAAGUCUAAAAAUAGGAUUAACUUUUGACAGUACAUUACUAAUUUCUUAUAGUUGCAGAGCUCUCUGAAGUGUGUCUAAGUGAUCUCAGGAGCCCUUGCCUUUGUAGUACUGAAUGCAAGGGUUUGUGGAGGAUCCUCAGGACAUGGUCUGCCCUGUCUGUCCUUGGCAAGUGUGUGAUCCUCAGGUGGUCAGAGCUAAGGAGGCUGGAGCAUCUUUACCUUCAUCUGCUACUAAGCAGAACUCUGGCCGGGGUGACUCCAUCAUCUUGCUUUCUUACCUUUUUGAAGUUCUAAAAAAUCCCUUUCUCCAUUAUAGACCAUGUAGUGGGACCAUCAAAGGAAAAAUACAGAGCAGGGACAAGAAUGGGAGGCUGAUUUUGUCGUUUUAUCAACCGUCUUGACUCUUUUUAAAAAAAUAAUUAUUUGCAAAUGGAGUUUUCUCUUGCCUGGGCCAAUUUCUUGUCAUGUCUCUGUGCCAAAGCCAAGAUGCAUCAUUUGUCUUGCAAUAAUGCAAAUCACAAGUUCCCAAACAGAGAGCAAAGCCCAAUUGAUGUGGGUACUAGGAAGCAGCAAGCCAAAAAAUAUCCCGAUAGAAAAACCCCAAGAGUUCAUAAUCCUACUCUUUUUCUUAAUGUAUUGUCUUCAGCAACAGAUCAAUAGCUUUUUCCAGAUGCUUUUUAGUUAGCAUCCUAAAAUAUUUUCACUGCAAGUAAGACUAAAUCAAAUUCCAGUACUGUUUUGAUGUUGCAUGCUUGCUGUUAGAGAUGUGCAGGUUGGAAGUCAAUUGCAUUUUAACCAUCGUUAUGUCAGUUGAGCUUUAAAGUUUGAAAAGGCCAAAUUUUAAUCCUCUGGUAUUUUUCUUUUAUUUGCUUUAUUUGGUUUUUAUUUUCUUUUAUUUUCUUUUAUUUGGUUUAUUAAUUUCCAGGUAAAAAAAAAGUAAAACAUCUCUGGGAAAAAUAAAAAAAGACUGUAGUCUUGUUCUUGCAGUCUCAAUAUUAACAUUAAGUAUUUCUAAUGCCUCCAGGAUAUUAACAUCCCUGAGAAAAUAGUGUUCUUUCACUAUGGAUGGCCACCUGUUCUGUUAUCUCUACUUACCUGCUUGGAGUAGUUUUUCUUGCAAGCAGCCUUGUGGAAUUUGCAUUCACAACUGUGCUGUAUUAACUUCACAUAUGCCUAGACCAAAAUACAACUGGCCUGUUGAAAGGUCCAGAAAUGUGCAAUGAUUUCAGCAGCAGAACCAGUGGGCAAAAGUGCAGUUAAAACCUCUGACUCUAUGAACUUGCUAUUGAUGUCCUCCCAGUUGUCUUGUUCUGGUUUGGCAGUGCUUAGAAUCAUAGAAUGGUAGGAAUUGGAAAGGACCUUUAGAGAUCAUCUAGUCCAACCCCCUUGCAGAAGCAGGUUCACCUAGAUCAGGUCACAAAGGAACGUGUCCAGAUGGGUUUUGAAGACCUUCAGAGAAGGAGACUCCACACCCUCCCUGGGCAGCCUGUGCCAGGGCUCCCUCACCCUCACAGAGAAAUAGUUUCUUCUUAUGUUUAAAUGGAACUUUUUGUGUUCCAGCUUAUUUCCAUUACCCCUUGUCCUGUCAUUAGCUACUAUAGAAAGAAGUGAUGCCCCAACCUCCUGACAUCCACCAUUUAGAUAUUUGUAGAUAUUAAUGAGAUCCCCUCGCAGUCUCCUCUUCUCUUGAGUAGACUGCUUACUUACUUUUAUGCAUUUGUUAGCAUUUGGCCUUCUCGUUUGCCCUUAGGUGCUCAUCACCUUAAUCUUCCAAGCCCUUUUUUAGCAAUUUAGGUGUUCCUAACCUUUGUGUUGUGUGCAUUAUAUGUCUGCAGCAUUGAGCUAUUUGCUGUGGUGCCUGAGCUUGGCUGAAGCAUCUGCUCUGGUGAAAUCAGGAGUGUGAUGAACAAGGUGGGCGGCUGGAGUGUGAUGGCUUGGCCUCUCUACCACUGCGUAGGUUGUCAGGCUGUGGCAGCACUGAUGUAAUUUAUUUGCUUUCCUCUUGAGGUUUGCUGUCAUGGUGUUAAGGGGUGAAGGCCAUCCUUGGUGCUGGAGAAGGCAGUCUGAACAGGGCAGAGCGAUGUGAGCACAUCAGUCUCACAGGAAGUCCCCAGUAAUGUAAGAAUGAUGAUACCUUUGAAAUGAGGCAGUAGCAGAGAAGAGAUUCAGGCCUUAGCAGAGAACCACAGAGUCUUGUUAAGAUGGAUGGGAUGGAGACCUUAAAAGGUUACCAAAUGCUGCACAGCAUUUGAGAUUGAGGGUUAGCUUAAUGUUCCCACUGUUAUUAGGAAGUGUCUGAAAGCUCUGGGCAAUAUCCCUGAGAUAGAAACUUUUUACCAGCUGAUGUGAGUUCCUACUCAGCAUUUGAUUCAUACUUGCAACCCAGGCAGUGCCGGCACACAGGCACUUUCUCAGGGGAGUCCCUUGCUGCUGAACUGUUAACGUUGACUCUUGACUGAUUUGGUGCAACCCAAACAGCCUGUGCAGUGGGUAAUCCCAGACAGCUCCUAAGCACAGCUUGGAGGUUAGCAAUGGGGGAAACUUGCCUGGUUUUGGAGGAUAAUAGAGUUCAGCUGUGUUGAUUUGAGCUGUAUUGGUUGUCCUUCGGGCCUGAGACCAGUCUCCCGCCCACUUUGUCUGAGAUAGAUGUAGCCCUUGAGUUCAGACAGCACACAUUGUGCCAGAGUGGGCCUAGAAUCUCUUAAUUUUGGGGAGCACUCUGCUAAAAUAGGACUGUCCCGAGUCUGCAUUUCUUUCUUCAGAUGAAAAAAAAUGUAAGGCCUCUGGUGCUUAUUUACUUAUCGGCGUCUAAAAUUGUGUGUUAUCCGUGAGGUUUUUGUUUGUCAGGGGGUUUUGGUGACCAAAACUCUGGUGUGCUAUUCUGUAUGAAGCUGUCUUGUUGUCCUGCACCAGGAAACACAUCCUUUCUAUGCAAUAGUGUGUGGCAGCUCAAGGACUGAUGCUGCCUUCAGCAGUGAAAGCUAGAUUCUGGCAUGGGGGCUCUUCUGAAGGUGGACAUGGGAUUGGCAUGGGGAGGAAACUUGAGGGGAAAUACUGAUUUCCUUUAAACGUUCAUUGUGCCUAGAAUUAAGAUUCUUUGUAUUGCUGCCUGUCUGGCUAACCAAAGCUGUAUUGAAAUCAACUCAAAGUGCAUAUUUGCAUUCUUAUUUUUGCCGAAUUGUAAAAAUUGCCUACGGCUAGAAACUUGGAGACAGAAAACAUUUGGUCCAUCCAAAAUUAGAAGAAAAAUGUAUUUUGAAGUGUUCUUUGCAGCUGGAAACAAGGGUUUGAAGUAACUGUGUAUUACACAGGCUUUUUUCCAUUACAACAGUUUUACUUGCCACUUUAAUGGACUUUAUUCCACAACAACAGCUUCAAGAGAAGCAGCAUAAAUAGCGAGGCUGUCUCAAAACUCACCAUGUUUCCAAUCUGUCUGCAAGUACUUGAAGUGUUUUCUUGUACGUUUUCUUCUUGAAUCAACUCCUCGAUUGUCUCCCCACAGAAUAAAGUGCAUUGGCACCAGCUAGUUGCCUGCCUGGAACGCAGAUCAGCCACAUCCUGCCUGCGGGCCAGGCAAGGGGUACACCACCUUACUGUAAAGCCAGAUGGGAAAGGACCAGAGCUUAGCUCAGCUCUCCAGGCUCCUCCUUUCGAUGCUCUGAAUUUGCAGCAUUCUUGUGUGCAAGCUAGAAGGUACGAAUGAGAUCUUAAUCAAAGCAAGAGAUUGUCCUUUUUAUUGGUGGCACUGGGGGCAGCAGGGCUGUAGGGAAAUGCAGGCCCUUUGUUGAGACUUAGCAAUAAAUGACUCUUCAUUUCUUAUGUCUUAAAUUCCCAACAGCCCAGGAGUUGUUCAGACUUUACCGUUUCUGUGCAUAAUAACCAAAUUUCCAGCGUGAAAAUCUGCAGAGUGAUUCUCUUGACUUGGACAAUCUUCUGAAUUGUAUUCAAAAUAUCUGUUAGUUCUUAGCUGUUUAGAUUCACUUUGGUCAAAAAAAAGCAACACUUUGGGGGACGGGGAGAAGAGAAAGCCCCAGAACUUUGGCUUAGUACAUUUCCGUUAUAAAACGAAGCAUGGUUUUUGUGGAAUUCUGUGCUGUUUUGGGCUUUUGUGUAAAAGGCUGAAGGCAGAUUAUUAUUUAAACCAGGUGCAAAUAAAUAUCCCUGUAAUGUAUAUGAACAAAUUUAAACUGCGUAUUGUAAGUAUAUAAACUGUAUAUUAAAGACACUAUUUUCAUGAUA